AUGGCUGGCUUCCUCAGAUGGUUCUGGAUGUAUCGGAAUUAUUUGAUAAUAUUAUUGUCACCCUUGGUUAUUCUACCUUUACCACUGGUCAGUCCUGGAAUGGAAUCUCGCUGUGGCUAUGUGAUUAUCUUGAUGGCUCUGUUCUGGUGCACAGAGUGCAUCCCCCUGGCAAUCACCGCCCUGCUGCCUGUCAUCCUCUUCCCCAUGAUGGGCAUCAUGGAGUCAAGUGAGGUGUGUAACCAGUACAUGAAGGACUCCACUGUACUGGGCAUCGGUGGGUUGAUGGUGGCUAUCGCUGUGGAGCACACAAAUCUACACAAAAGGAUUGCUUUCCGGGUGCUGUUGGGGUUGGGGGUGAAACCACCACUUCUGAUGAUGGGCUUCAUGGUUACCACUGCAUUCCUCUCCAUGUGGAUCAGUAACACAGCCUCCACGGCCAUGAUGCUGCCCAUUACCAGCGCCGUGCUGCAGCAGCUAUCUGACACAGAGGCCCAGGCGGAGGAGAGGGAGAUGGACCUGGUGACUUCCAAAGCUGGCCCUGAAGGCCUUGAGAACCAGGCCUUCGAGUUGGACAACACCACAGAAGACCUAGCAAGCAAGAAGUUCCAGCCUAAAGACAGCAGCAUCGAUAUGGGUAGGAAUAACUUCACUAUAAUCUACAUCAUACAAUCACUGGCAGAGCAGAGAAGGCUGGAGAGAGAGCAAAAGUAUCUGAGUUUGUCCAAAGGCCUGAGUCUGAGUGUAUGUUACGCUUCCAGUAUUGGAGGGACCGCCACCCUCACUGGAGCUACCACCAACAUCAUCUUCAAGGGCCAGGUUGAUGAACUCUUCCCAGAUAAUGGAGACAUAAUCAACUUUACUAGCUGGUUUGGAUUUGCCUUCCCUAACAUGGUACUGAUGCUAAUGAUGUCAUGGUUGUGGCUGAAAUCCCUAUACCUGGGUAUAAACAUAAAGUCUUUUGGCUGUGGCACAAACAAAGAUUGUGACAAAGAGGCAAUGAAGCUGGUGAAGGAUGAGUCCAAGAAGCUGGGCAGCAUGAGCUUCGCUGAGGUCUCUGUGCUGGUGCUGUUUGUGCUGUUGGUUCUCCUCUGGGUCACCAGGGAACCUGGGUUCAUGCCUGGCUGGGGUUCUGCCCUCUUCAACAAAGACAGAACGUUUGUCACUGAUGCGACAGUGUCCGUAUUCAUAUCAGUGCUGUUCUUCAUCAUCCCCUCUCAGAUGCCUAGAUGUUGGGAUUUCUCUGUUGGCAGUUCCCUCAGAGCCCCAUCUACCCUGAUAACCUGGGACAUAGUCCAAAAGAAGAUGCCAUGGAACCUUAUCUUGCUAUUGGGAGGAGGAUUUGCACUGGCCAAGGGCAGUGAGACAUCUGGCUUGUCUAGGUUUCUUGGGCAGAGUCUGGUGCCCUUGCAGGCCCUCCCUCCCUUUGCCAUUCCCCUUGUUGUAAGUCUGCUGAUGGCCAUAUUCACUGAAUGCACCAGUAACGUUGCUGCGACAUCCCUCAUCCUCCCUGUACUUGCUUCCAUGGCCACUGCACUCAAGUUGCACCCUCUGUACGUCAUGCUGCCUUGCACCAUCUGUGCCUCUCUGGCCUUCAUGUUGCCCGUGGCCACACCCCCUAAUGCCAUUGCCUUCUCCUACAGUAACCUCAAAAUCAAAGACAUGGCCAAGGCCGGGUUUGUUCUGAACAUAGUCGGGGUACUGACCGCCAACAUUGCCCUCAACACUUGGGGUACGGCAAUGUUUGACCUGAACACGUUUCCUGAUUGGGCCAACGCCACAACCACCCCUUGAACAGGAGUCAAGAGGCUGUAGAGAAGAGGCAGACGAGAGCGACAAUAUGCACAAAUUAACCUGGAUUGUCUGCGAAGAAAAUUACUUGG